AGAUCAAAUGAUGUCUCGCUUGCACAUGCUCCUGUUACAGCUUCUCAUUCCUCUGUCUCUCUUAGUGCUUAGCCAUGGACAACAGAAAGUGCUGCUCUCCCAGAUACCCAGGUGGGUGUCACAGCAGAUUGGGGGCAUGGCCAAUAUGAACUGCUACCAGAAUUUCACAGACCACAGCUGGAUGUACUGGUAUCAGCAGAAGGCAGCUGACCAGCCACUGAGACUCAUUGGUACAUUGAUUAAAGGGUCAAGCUCCACUUUGGAAGAGGGAUUUGAUAACAACAAAUUUGUGAUACAAACUGAGCAGGAGAAGCACUUCUCACUGCAAAUAGGCGAGCUGAAUCCUGAGGAUGCCACCAUGUACUUCUGUGCCUCCAGAGACCACAGUGCUGAAAAACUCCAGGAACUUCCUACAAAAAACAGGCCAGAAGUUUGCACGGGGAUCAGGAGGCUGAAGACAGAUGGAAUCUCUAAAGAGCAACCAUCACGGGGUCGCCUCACCUGUGGUGAGAACCGGGAUUCGCAGUUUACCUAUCAGAAACGCAGGCACACACCAGGAAGAAGAGCAAUGGGUUCCCCACAGCCCUUUUCUCUGCUCCCAUUUCAGACACAUUAUUCGUUGAACUUUGGACAAGGAACACGGCUUACUGUACUAGGACAAGGAGAAUCUAGCAAGCCUCCAAAGGUGACCGUAUUUUCCCCAUCUGCUUGUGAGCUCCAAAAACAUCAGAAAGCCACCAUUGUGUGUUUGGUCACUGACUUCUACCCAGAUCAUGUCAGUGUGACCUGGACUGUGAAUGGUGAGGUCAGAACAGAAGGAGUAAGGACAGAGGACUCCAGAAAGGAAGGCACAAAGACCUUCUCACUGAUCAGUCGCUUAAGAAUUUCCAGCAAUGAGUGGCAGAACUCAGGGAAUUGGUUCCAAUGCAGCGUUGAGUUUUACAAUGAGAAAGAAAGUUCAUUCUAUAACGCCUCCACCACUGGUGUAGAUGGCAAUGGAGACGCGAGAGAGGAAUAUCUCAGAGAAACCAACUCAGGCAAAUUAGUAUAUAUUCUUCUCAUUCUCAAGAGUGUGUUGUAUGGGGCAUUUGUGAUGGGGUUGACGCUCAAAGUAAAGCUGAUGCUGUAGAGCUUUAUACCUGAGAAUAUCUCACCUGAUUUGAAAGGAUCCCAGGAAGAAAGAAAAAGGAAGAUACCUCCUUGAAGUGAAAAUAGUUGGGCUGAGUCAGUAAUAUCUUCCUGAGAUUAACUCCUGUAUUUUAGUAAAAGCGCUGAGCACCAUAGAAAGCUUUCCUGUGUUUCUUUUUCAUUCUAUCAUAUUUACUUGGAAGUAGGUAUGCUUAGGAUUUACACACUUUCAAUGCAAUCCAGCAUGUGACGCUCAGAAGUGAGCUCCUGAGAGUUCAAUGGGGCUUGCUCCCUGAUUGGAAGGUACUGAGUUGCAAAUUUAAAGGAUGAUUGAAUAAUUUUCAAAGAGAAAGAUGUGCAACGCACACCUACACAAGUGUGCUUGGUAUGUCCUACUGAACUCAGGGAGAUUUGCUUUCAGGUAGUGUGCAAAGUAUUGCAGCCCUACAAAUGUGUUUAAUUAUUCCAUAAUCAUAACCAAUGAAUUUGGAAUUGCUUAAUGUUGACUGUUGUGCUCUAUAAUCUUGCUUUGAUUCUCUGCGAAGAUAUCUGUUAA